AUGGUUUCUAUUGUCCAGUAUGUUAAUGAAUGUUCUCAGGACCCACCAGUCUGUGGCCCUCACAACCAAUGCAACAACACCCGAGGGAGUUUCACCUGCCAAUGUUCUCCAGGUUAUUCUUCCCCCAGUGGGACCUCUUGGAAACCUGGUGACUCCCACACCUUGGACUGCACAGAAAAUCUCAUCAGCUGCCAGCCCAGGAUUCUGCAACGAGACGAUUUCAAAAGUCUGUGCGGCAACAGCACCCAGCACGGAAACCAACAAAACAACAGAUUUUGCACCUUCCUGAAUGAGACCUCAAAGACCCUGGAAUCUGCAUGCGGCAAUGGAAAUCAGUCAAUAUCGCUGAAGGAAGUCUCCACCUCUAUCGAUUUGCUUUUCUAUGCCACUGCCCAGCAGUCUAAUGGGAGCAAGGAGGAGGUCGCAUUGGUAGCCACUAUCUUUCUGCAGAGCGUAGAAUCAGCAGCUUUGGCAACUGCUCGGAAAAGCCCCGGGAACAAGACACAGACUAUCACGGGAGAGACAAUGACCAUCGUGGCCCAGCGGGUUACGGAUAACUGCAGUCGGGCAGGGAAGAUGAUCGAACUGAACGCUGAAAACGAGUUGAUGAGCAUUGACUGCAUGACAGUGGUUGGCGCCAGGGAACAAGGCUCCGGAGUCAUUGCCUUCAUAUCGUAUGCCACUCUCGAGUCCAUCCUGAACAAUAACUUUAUCGACCAGCAAAACCUGAGAGAGGAUGUCAAACUGGGUAGCACUAUGCUGAAUUCGAAGGUAGUGAGUGGGACCAUUGGGAAACCCGGACCCCUCUCCAAACCUUUCAACUUCACCCUGGAGCAUAAACAGAAAAAGGAAAUGGAAGACAAGAUUAUCUGUGUUUUCUGGAAUCUCACUGGUCCCUGGUUUACUGAAGGCUGCAGACUUCUCCGUGAAAACAGCACUCACACCACCUGCACCUGUAAUCACCUGUCCAGCUUUGCCAUCCUGAUGGCUUCACAUGCUAUCAAGGAGAGUUAUCCACUGACCAUCAUCACCUAUGUGGGACUGACCCUCUCCCUUCUCUGCCUCUUCCUUGCCAUCCUCACCUUCCUCCUGUGCCGCUCCAUCCGCAACAUCAGCACCUCCCUUCACCUGCAGCUCUGCCUCUGCCUCUUCCUGGCCGACCUGCUCUUCCUCACCACAGUGAACAGUGUCACCAAUGAGGUGGUGUGUGCUGUCAUUGCUGGCCUUCUACACUAUCUCUUCCUGGCCUGCUUCAGCUGGAUGUUACUAGAGGGGCUGCACCUCUUCCUCACCGUCAGGAACCUGAAGGUCGUGAAUUACACCAGUGCCAGCCAGUUCAAGAAGAGAUUCGUGUACCCGUUUGGCUAUGGAUUCCCAGCCCUGGUGGUGGCUAUUUCUGCAGCGGUGAAUCCUGGUGGCUACGGAACUUCCAAACACUGCUGGCUCACAAUAGAGGGAGGCUUCAUCUGGAGUUUCCUUGGACCGGUCUGCCUUAUUAUUGUGAUGAAUUUAACAUUUUUUAUCACAACCCUCUGGAUCCUGAGAGACAAAAUCUCCUCCCUCAAUGCAGAUGUCUCCACCCUCAAAAACACAAGCAAGCUCAAACCAUCUCUGACCGUGGAGGAAAACCGUGAGCUCCUUGGUCAGUGCUUCAAAAGUUUAUUUCCCCUUCCUCCCUUGGAGAAGAUGAAAGAGGAAGACGGGACAGCAAAGGAUGCUCUGCAUAUACAACUCCUCAGGAAAUGGUUCAGUUCGGGGAAGGAGUGGGAGAGAGAAUGGGCCUUGCAGGCCAGCACCCAGCUGCAGACUGCCUAUCAAGAGGUAGUUCAUAGCACAUAUGAUCCCGAGCUUUCGUCACGGCAGUUUGGGGUUGAGCUCUCCCGACUGACCAAUGAGGAGCGAGCGGUGCCACUGGUGGUGGAGAAGCUCAUAAACUACAUUGAAAUGCAUGGAUUGUACACCGAGGGCAUUUACAGGAAGUCAGGCUCAACCAAUAAGAUAAAGGAGCUCCGACAGGGUCUUGAUACAGAUAUUGACAAUGUGAAUCUAGAUGACUACAAUAUUCAUGUCAUUGCCAGUGUGUUCAAACAGUGGCUGAGAGAUUUGCCCAAUCCCCUCAUGACCUUCGAACUCUACGAGGAAUUUCUGCAAGCUAUGGGCCUGCAGGAGAGGAAGGAGACCAUCCGAGGCGUGUACUCUGUCAUUGAUCAGCUCUCUCGCACCCACCUCAGUACCCUGGAACGCCUCAUCUUUCACCUUGUGAGGAUUGCCCUGCAGGAAGAGACCAAUCGAAUGUCAGCUAAUGCCCUGGCCAUUGUGUUUGCUCCCUGUAUUCUCCGCUGUCCUGACACAACUGACCCACUGCAGAUCGUUCAGGACAUCAGUAAAACAACCACCUGUGUGGAGUUGAUUGUCGUAGAGCAGAUGAAUAAAUACAGGGCUCGUCUCACGGACAUCAACAGCCUGGAGUUUGCUGAGAACAAAGCAAAAAGCAGGCUGUCUUUGAUCCGCAGAUCAGUGACUCAGGAAACUUUUCAUCAGUUUGGAUCUCUGAUUGGAGCAGUAGCACCAUACAGCUGUGAUUCACUGGCCACGUCUCGUCAGUGGGUGGUUGACUGUAUCAGCUGCCUUCUCUGUAUACAAGGCCAGCCCAUGAACCUGGGGUCAGCGGAGGAGGAGCUGAGAUGUCUCCGUGAAGAACUAACAGCAGCUCCGGACCCCGAGGCUCUGUUUCAGGCAUCUUCCAAAAUGGCCAGGGUUGUUAGUGAGUACUUUCCCCCAGAACAGGCCACAGCCUUUAUUGAGGCCACAGUGGAAAGUAUGCUGUCUGCCAGCCCCACCUGUGCCACGGCAGCUGGACUGUGGAUGAAGGUUAUACUGAAGGAGUGUGGAGAUGCCAUGCCUGAUAAGGUGCCAGCUAUUGUGGAUAUAAUAUAUAGCCACAUGGCUACUAUCCAGGAGGGCAGCUUGAGGCAAUUCCUGCUGGAGGCAGUGUCUAUUUUAGCUCACCAUCACCUAGAGGCAGUGAUCUCCAGCCUACUCAGCAACCAUCUGCCAAUGGACAGUGACACCAGUGAGCUGUGGAGAUCUCUAGGGGGAGAGCCCUUGCUUGCCACUCAAGUCUUACAGGUCCUAAUAGAAAAAAUAAAGACGUCAACAAGCCAAGAAGGCAGCAUCACCUCAGAGACUGAAACUGACAGGCAUUUGGCAGCUGCUGAACCUCUCUCAGCAACAUGUGCCAUCUUUGAGGUGGUGUCAGCAUUGCAGUCGAGCAAAGCUGUGCGGGAGCUGCUCCCAGAGUGGUUUCCUGUUCUCCUGCAGCAGGUCAGCCGAACCUCAGGACAAAAGAUGCCUUUGCCAAGGAUAAGAAGCCGGAGCCUAUUCCAAAAAGACCAACAACAUACUGAGGGCAACCCUUGCUG